AUGUCGAUGCUACGACUGCAAGGAAUCUACUAUGGUACCAUUCUCACCAAGAGGAUUGCCAUUCAACAACAACGACUUGCCAUUCCUCAAGUCACAGGAAGUGUUUCUUCCACAGGUCGAGGAGGUCAAACAAGGUUUAUAUCAGAAGCACUUCUGCGAGAGGAGUCCGAGGCGGUCGAGGCAGUCGCGAAGAAGACUGUGAGUCGGCGCAAGAAAGUUGAGCCCAGCGAGGAUACCGCCGCUGCCACUGCAGCACCAAAAGCCAGAAAGCCAAAGACGAAAAAGGCGGCGGAGGUCAAGGAGGAUGUUUCUGGAGGUGCUGUUGAGACUGUAGUGAAAACCAAGAAGACGAAGAAGAAGAGUACAAAAGACAAAGAGACUUUGGAGCCUGCUGCUGUUGUUGUUGCAGAUAAGGCAGCUACUGGUAGUGGUGGUGGUGGUGGUGGUCAGGCGGCGGUCGUUGCCACCAAAGUCAAGCGAGUUUCCAAAUCCAAACGCAAUGCGUCUACCCUCGACACAUCAACCGAGACUAUCAUCUCGGCGCCACCGGUCGUCACGACACAGCUUCGACCAUAUCAGCAAGAGUGUAUCGACAAGUGUCUCGAGAAUCUCAAGAACGGGAUUAUGCGCCAGAUUGUAUCCCUUCCUGUCGGCAGUGGCAAGACCGUUAUCUUCUCGCAUAUGAUGAAGCAAGUGCCGGCACCGUUCCCGGGAGCAAACAAGACAUUGAUUCUGGCACACCGACAGGAGCUUCUGGAGCAGACACGGAAUCAUGUUCUCAGGAAUGGUACCGGGCUGAGAGUGACUAUUGAUCAAGGAAAACGCGUGGCGGAUAUGACUGCAGACGUGAUUGUUGCCAGUGUACCGACUCUUGGACGUGCAGGCACUACUCGGAUACUCAAGUAUAACCCACAGGACUUCAAAUGCAUCAUCAUCGACGAGGCCCACCACGCUACAGCAGACUCUUAUGGUAGGAUUCUACAACACUUUGGAGCGGAUGUUCCCAAGACCCACAUCUUUGUCUAUGGAUGCUCGGCAACUGUGCGGCGACACGAUGGUCUGAGGUUAGGAGGCGUUUUCGAUUAUAUUUCGUUCCACAAGGGGUUCAUUACUAUGAUCGAGGACAAGUGGCUCUGUGGACUACGCGUGUCGACUAUCAAGACUGAGUUUGACUUGAAGGAUGUCAAGUCAAGAGGAGGUGACUUUGAGACCAAGGAUUUGUCCCAGAAGGUCAACACCCCCGUCAGGAAUGAUAUCAUUGUUCGCAGUUACAUGACCUAUUGUGGCGAGCGCAAGUCAACGGUGGUGUUUGCGGUCGAUAUCGCCCAUUUAGAGAGUUUGACAGAGACCUUCCGGAAGUAUGGAUAUGAUGCGCGAGGGCUGUCAAGCAAGACCAACGAUAAUGAUCGCGCUCAGAUGUUGAAGGAUUUCAAGAACCAAAAGUUCCCCGUCAUCGUCAACUGCGGUAUCCUGACGGAAGGCACAGAUAUCCCGGUAAUUGACUUGAUUAUCAUGGCACGGCCGACAAAGUCGAAUGUCUUGUUCCAACAGAUGUUGGGAAGAGGAAUGCGGCUGCAUCCAGGAAAGGAGGACUGCCUUGUGCUUGACUUUGUGGAUAUUGUCCGAGGCGAGGGACUUGUGACUCUGCCUACUUUGCUUGGUCUUGAGACCGAUUCUGUCUUGAAUGAGGAGAUCAAGAUCACCGGACACCAGGACGUCGACGCGAUCCGAGACGAACAGAUCGCGACCCUAGAGGAAGAAGUCGUCGCGUCUUCCGAGUUCCCGGACGAGACCGAGACCGUCGAAGAAAUCGACCCGUCCACAGGACUCAAAGUCGCACGGAUCCGGGUCUUGGAAUAUGAGAAUCCGUAUCAGCUGAUUGGAGACUGUAGUGGGGCUAAUAGGAGAGUUGCGGCCAUGUCACGGAACGCCUGGGUCAAUGUUGGCGCGAGCGCUUAUGUUCUGACCUGUCAGGAGAUUGCGUUCCGGAUUGAGAAGUCGAAGGACGGACUGUACCGGUGUUAUAAACGGGUGACCAUGGAUAAGCGGCAUGUGGGCAAGAAUGAUGAAUCGUUGAAUAAGGACCAAAAGUUGAAGCAGGCUAGAGAUCGGUACAAUAACCCAAGGAGGAACCAGGAGUCCAAGUCCAAAGAUGGUGGUCAGGCGGGGAUGUUUAGGACAAAGGAGAACGAGUUGCCGAUCCAGUCGGAUACGUUGGAGGAUUGCUUCCAUGGAGUUGAUACGUGGAUCGCCAAGAAUAUUGGGCACGUCCCGGGGAUUUUGAGUCGGUUUGCUCAAUGGCGGAGACUGCCUGCCUCGGAUUCGCAGCUCAAGUUCUUGAGGAAGCUUGGAUAUGACCACGACCCCAUCGACGAUAUUGGAGAUGGUGAGGAAGAUGGUGAGGAAGAUGGUCAUAGUGAUAGGAAAGGUGGAAAAAGUCUGGCAAGGGAGCUGGAGAUGACGCAGAGGAAGCGGAAGGAAGUCGCAGCACGAGCACUGACAAAGGGACAGGCCGCGAAUAUGAUCACACGACUGGUACAUGGCGCCGGGAAGAGGUGGACGGAGAGCAAGAAGUUUGAGGUCAAGAAGGCUAAAGCUUUGGCCAAGGAGAUCGGUGUCGAAGUCGGACCCAUUCCCAAAUUCGUCGACAUCUAG